AUGAUCUAUUUGGAACCCCUAGACAGUAAUGAUAAAAAAGAAGACAAUUGUGAAAAUAAAAAAAUUAAUGAGGAAGAGAAUAAUGAGAAUUGUUACAAUUGUGAAAAUAAAAGAAUUAGUGAGGAAGAGAAUAAUGAGAAUUGUUACAAUUGUGGCAAUAUAUUUUUGAGCGCAAAAGAGAAAAGAGAUAAUGAAAUCAAUAAAAUAUUAAAAAAUAUGAAAAAUGAAGAAAGGAAUUUAUGCUUUCCAUUAUUAGAUUUAUAUUUUUUGAAUAAAAAUUUUAAAUAUCAGAAUUUAAAAGAAAGUUUAGAGUUCUCUAAUAAUGUGAAUGAAUAUAUAAACUUGAAUCUUUUGAAAAAGGAAAUAUAUCCAAAAGAUAUAAUAUAUCAAAAUGAUGAAAAUAAAAAAAAAGAAAAAACAUGGAUUUAUAAUAAAUUGAUAAAAAAAGGAUUAUUAUAUGAUAAGAAGUUAAAAGAAAAUAUAAUAAAUAAAUUAAAUAGUAAUUAUAAUUUUAUAGAAAAAUAUGAUAAUAUAAUAAAAGAAAGUAAUAAUAAUAAUAAUAAUCAUAUUAGUAAUAAUAAUAAUAAUAAUAAUAAUAAUAAUAAUAAUAAUAAUAUUAAUAAUAAUAAUAAUAGUAAUAUGCUUAUUAGUGAUAAUUUUCCUUUUCAAUGGGAAAAGGGUGAUAAUAUAAUUAAUACAUUUAAUCCAAUAUAUAAUGCACGAGAUAAAAUAAUAAAUGAUAAUAAUAUAGCAUCUAUCCCAACUAUUGAUAUAUUUUAUAAUUCUUCAAAAUUAUUAACAAUUCAGACAAUAUUUGAACCUAUUAAUCAUUAUAUAUAUUUAUUACGUCUAUUACCAAAAUUUAGUUUACCUUUAUAUGAUUCUGGUAUAUUACAAUAUGUAUGUGAAGAUCCUAUAUUGAAUGACAAAUUAAAAGGAUUAGAAUUAUCUUAUCGUUUAUUAGUACAUGAUAUAUUAUUUUAUGCUUUUUUUUCUUAUUUAUCUGAUUUGCCUUUUUGGGCUAAACCUCCAAUAGAAAUAUUGAGAAUAUAUAAUUAUGAGAGCUUAUAUUCAUUUAAUGAUUGUGAAUCUGAACAUACAGAAAGAUUAGUUUUUCAUAAUAUUAAAAGUAUUAUAUAUAAUUUUUCUGAUACUCUAAAUAAGAUUGAAUUAUUAUAUCCAAAAAAUUAUUAUAUUACCAUCCUUCCAAAUAUAUAUUUUAAAAAUAUUAUUGACUUUUUAAAAUCUGAAAAUUUCAAAUUGAAAAAAAUGAUUAUACUACUUAAAGGUACAAAUGAUAUGGACAUACAAAAAUUGAAUUAUAUCAAAUCUAUUUUUGAUAAUUUAAGAGGAGUUCAAACUGAAAAGAUAUUAAGUAGUAUGGAUACAAUGAAUGAUAUAACGGUAGGUGGGGCACACAUAAGAAUAAAUAAAGGAAAACAAGUAGACAUAUCAGAGAGUGAUCAUGAUAAUAGUGUUGUGAAGAAAACUACUCAACGUAUUAUUGAGGCUAUGAAAAAAUGUGCCAACGGCAAUAGAAGUGAUAAACUGGAAGAACAAAUGAAUACACCCAAAAACAACAACAAAAAAAAAAUAAUAAAUAAUAAUAAUAAUAAUAAGAGAUAUACUAUUGUUAAUGGUUGUGGGCAUAAUAAUAGUUAUAAUACAUAUAACAAUUAUUUUGAUAACUUUUCAUACGAUGAAUAUUACGUAGAAAAAGUUCAGAAUAGAGGGGGGGAACAGAUUUGUAGACAAUCAAUUAUAAAUAAUGUUAUGAAUGUAAAUGAUAAAAUAAUUAUGACCAAGGGAACAAAUGAUACUGUAGAUAUAUCAAAUAUUAAUAAUAAUUGCCAUACUGAUAAUAAUUAUCAUAUAGAUACUUGUCUUGAUGAUAUGUAUGAUCAAAUGGGCAAUGCGAACAGGCAAAAUAAUAUAACAUUAGCAUUUAGAAAUAAUAAUAAAAAAGAGAACAAACAAAAAUAUAUAUCAUCAGAAUCAUCAAAUAGUGAUGAUGAUACAGAUGAUGAAAAUAUCGAUGGAUUUUUUAAAACGAAAAAAUUAAAAACUACAGUUUAUGAUAAGAGUACUUUUUCCUUCUCUAAAUUUGUUAAUAAAAUAAUAAAUUAUGAAAAAAUAAUUGACUAUUUAAAUAACGACCCUCAGCGUCAAGAGAAGGAAGAUUCGAAGAUAAAAUUUUUUGUAAAGAUGUUGUUAUUUGAAAAAAGGUAUGUCAGUUAUGAUGUAAACAAUGAUGAAAUAAAUAUAUGUGAUAAUGAUAAUGAUAUAUGUGAUGAUGAUAAUGAUAUAUGUGAUGAUGAUAAUGAUAUAUGUGAUGGUGAUAAUGCAAAGGAAGGAUUUCUUCAGAGUGACAGAUCUGAGCAUAUAAGAAACGUUCAGGGUGCGAUAAAUGAGGCUGAACAUGAAAUAACUAAUACAAAUUUAAAUAUAGAAAAUAUUCCUAAUAAUGUAAAUGAUAGGGUAUCGAAUUCAUCCGAUUAUAAUAUUAGUAACCUCAUUCAAAAUUUUAGAAGAAAUUAUGUAAGUAACAAUUUCUUAUCCUUUAGUAGGAAUGUAGAAAAUGAGCAAGGGAAUAAUGUGAACAUAGAAAAUACGCAAGAUAAUUUUACAAGCAUAACAUUUAAUUUUAAUUAA